ACAUGAACUCGACCCUCAGCAACAACAACAACAACAACAACAACAACAGCAGCAGUAACAACAAUAACAACAAUAACAAUAACACUAAUAGUAAUAAUAAUAAUAACGGCGGCAGCAACAACAACAACAGCGGCAACAACAACAGCGUCAAUGGCGGCAAUACCAAUACCAACAACAAUAACAACAACGGUGCUACGGCCGUCAACGGGCCCUAUGUCUCGCCGGUGGCCGGUGGUGCAGGUGGGACGCCAGGGAUCCUGAAAAACGGACUCUUUAUGGCGAACGACUCGACGGUGAAGAACAGCGGGAUGGGGAACGGGAACGGGAAUGGCUACCAUCCGAACGGACAUGUGCAGGUCAAGGAACUGAGGCUGGCGGAGGGGGUCGAGCCCUUGAAGCAGACGAUGUUACCUGUCAAGUCGGUGCAGCAGCUGGAGAAGGAGCGGGAGGCGAUCCGCAACCAGCUGUUAUACACGAACAAGAACAACGCAUUUGGACACUGAGGUCCUCAUCUCUCCAUCCACCCAUCCUUUUUGAUGAAAUCGAACGAACGAACGAACGAACGAGCGAACGAACGAACGAGCGAACGAGCGAACAAGAAAAGAAAAAAGAAAAGAAAAGAAAGCCUCCCUCUCCUCUUCCUCUUCCUCGCUAAUGUACAUAAUACCAAUAAAAUAAAAUAUGUAUGAAAAGAAGAAGAAAAAACUUUUC